CCGGGAAGGCUCGAAAGAGAAACAAAAUCAAAGGGGUCUUUACCAUUACUUCAUACUCCUCCUCGUGGAAUAAUAACGUCGUUUUACCGUUUAAAAAGACAAUCAAGUCUUUAGGCUUCCAUUUAGAGCGAUCUAACUCGCCUUCCAUAUGAACGUGGGUGAUUGAUUCCAAGUGACGCUUUAUUCAGCAAGCUGAGGAAGAAGGCACUUACGUCUUCCUGUGUACAAAUUUCCCGCUUUACUCGCCGUCAUUACGACCCAUCAACUUUCAAAACAACGUUAUAGCUUGGAGUUUCUUUAAGGUGAGCUGCAAGUCGAUAGAGAAUCGAAAUCUGUCACGAAAUGAGGAUGCAUAUGUAUUGUUUUAAAAGUCUUCUUUCCUACAGCUUAGUGCUCGGCUUCGUCCGAAACACGCAACUCAUAGUUCGUCUGUUAAGUGUUACAUCGCCAUCGUAAUGCAGUUCACUUCUUUGGAGUGUUUUUGAGUUAAUACUGGAUAGAGAGUGUAAUGCAUGGGUCAAGCCUUAAAAUCAAAUCUUAGAACACUUCUCAAACACGAUAAGACAUCUUUCAUGAAGAACAUGCUAUCGUAAAUAUAGAGCGCGAUCUUGAGGUGACUGCGUUCCUUUGGUUGAAUUGAAUUCUAAACUGAUUUUAUAAAGGGUCCAUGUUCCACCUAAGAAAAAACCUGGAAAACUUAUGACCAUAGAUUCUGUUUAAAAUGACAAAGAAUACGGUAUGCGUGGACAAAAACAUUGAAAAGUGUAUUACAUGCAAAUUCCUAAGAGACAAACUCAGUGUGUCAUGACCUUUUAUUAGAAAUUUGACUCACACAUGAAAUUCCUGUUUUGUUAGCUAAAGAAAAGGAAAGAUCUGUUGUUAUUACUUGAUGAUAUCUACGUGUAAAUUUAAUUUGAUGAUGUCAUUUUAACAGUGUGAAGAAAACAAUUAGGCUCUCUAUAUCUCUUGUAAUCAGUGAAUGUGUUAGAAUCUCCACGACUAUUUACCAAGAGCUAUCAGUUUACCUCAGUAUGCACAUGAUUGUAUCUUUUUCUCUUUGAUAUACAGCGAACACUUGAGAUAGUGAGGUUUAGGGUUAUGUUUAAUUACUGAAUUAUUUUAAUUAAUAAUUAUUAUAUUUUAUGCCAUGCUUAAGGCUGCUCAAUUAUUCACAAGUAGGAAUCAGGAAAAUCAAAACUCUAGAUCUGGCAAUUGUUUAUUACUAAUCUCAUAGGUAAUUGAUUUUGACUGACAAUGGCGACCACCAACAUGCAAAUAAGACAUUUGCCGUAUGGCACUCUUCACAAACUGGCCCAACUGCUUGACAUACCUGGACAAAGAAACUGGAAAGCACUUAUCAGUGCUAUGCCAAGUAAUUUAUAUAAACCUGAAGAGGUAAGCAGGGUUUAUCUUAGAAAUCUAAGGGGAGUCCUUUGUCAAGAAAGGAGCCUAAGACAGGGGGUACUCAAAAAAGGUAUUUGUACUUAUUUGUAUAGUUAAAUCAAUGGGAAAAAAGAGAAAGGCAAUUUUAAAAGUACAGAUUUAGAUACAGACACGGCAUACACCCCCCAUGUUGGAGUUUGUAGAUUCAUCAUCAAUGUUGAGUGAAGACAAGAUAGGUAGAGCAAUUGAAAAGUGCCAGUAGGGAUGGGUGGUGACAAUUAAGAUGCCUCUGUAAGUGACUGUAAAAUUGUUGCACAGAUAGAAAAUAUACCAUUACAUUAAAAGAGAAUAUUUCUCUGUUGCAUCUAUUUUUUGAACAAUUAACACCCCUAAAUGAGCAAUGCCCUGGCACAAGAAUUAAUUUUGCACUCUGGCACUUUUUGAGUAAAUAAAGUACAUGACCUGCUGUGCCUUAGUUUCUUUUGGUCAAAUCUGGUUAUGCCUCUUUUAAAAUGUCAACUUUGUCUCUUGGUAGGUGUCAGCAUUUGAGAUGGAAGGAAUGAGAGCUAGUGGCAGCCCAUCAAUGAGUUUGCUGACUGACUUGGGGCGGAAAUGCAAAACUGUCAAAGUACUUAUAGUCUGGUUGAAAAAAAUUGAAAAUGCCCAAGCCCUGGACAUCUUGGAAUAUGAAGGUAAUAAAAAUUCAAACAUGAAUGAAUGAAUGAGUAACAAAAUAAACAAAUGAACAAUUCUGCAAAUGAAGGGAAUUUUGGAACAAACAAAUGAAUAAAUGAAGAAUGAAAGAAUGAUUGAGUUAAAAAUAAAUGAAUGAGCAAAUCUUUAACCUCUGACUGAUACAAAUUAAAUGCAAGGGGAUUUGUGACAGUUUGUUUGUUGAUCAAGCUUUCAAAAAACAAAUAAACUGAAUAAGUGAAAAUAAAAUCUGCAAAAGGCUACUUAAAGCAGAAAGUACUCAACAACCUGAAAAAUUUUUCCCAAUGCAGAAGAGGUGAGGAUCCUUGAACAUCCGUCAUCAAAGCCAGUUCGCACUGGCGCAAGUGUGACAUUCAGAUGCAAAGCUACAGGUUACCCAGCCCCAGAGUAUUUAUGGGUGAAGGACGGUAUUGAGGUUCCUGAUGGAAUAAAUGAAGAACUAACAUUAGAUUGUGCUAGACUGGAAGAUAGUGGAAAUUAUGUGUGCAUUGUGUCCAAUCGAUUGAACGUGCAGAGAAGUCAUGAAGUAGAGUUACAAGUUCUUCCAUCACCUGGUAUGCCUUUGAUGAUUGUUAUGAGCCCUAAUAACAACUACGAACUUCUCCCUAGCUUUUAGUAAGAAAUCCUUCCACUCCCCAUGAGAGUAAGGAACCAGAUCCUGUUUGAUAGACAUAUGGGAAGUAUGCUAGCCUGUUUUUAAUAAUUAUGCUGAAUGGUAACUUCAUCCUGUUAACAUUUAGUGAGGACGCAUGAUUAUAAAGGCCAAAAUUAAAAUGCUACGUGUGCUGCCUCUAUAAAGCACAUAUUUUGCCUCAUUUAGAAUAUUGUUGUCCGCUAUUACUUGGAGUUGGAAGAGGUCAAGUUAAAAAAGCUAGAAGACACCAAUAAUUAUAUUCUUAGAUCUCUUUUAGGGUAUGGACAUACACCAUACAAUUAUUUUUUAAAUAUGGCUGGUAUAAGAACGCUGAAAGAAAGAAGAAAAUUCCAGGCCUUUGUUUUGGUUUAUAAAUGUAUUCAUAAAGAAGCCCCAAAGUAUAUAGAAGAAUUUUUUCAGAUUAAAAUCUGCAAUUAUAAUUUAAGAGAGUCAGGGACACUUUUAACAUUACCCAGUUUCAAUCUAGAAUGGUGCCAUAAGUCAUUCUCAUUUUUGGCAGCAAAACUUUGGAAUUCGUUACCUGCGUAUGUCAGAAACGCCAAGGAUAUUUCUACUUUUAAAUGUCUUUUAAAGAAGCAAGUUUUUAGAUAGAUUUAAGGAUGGUAACUUUAAUUUAUUUCUUUUCUUUUUCAUUUUUUUUUCAUUUCACGCACAUGUUUUAAUGAGUUUUUAUCACUCCUAGAUGUGGUGUGGGUAAAUAAAGUAUUGUUGUUGUUGUUGUUGUUAUAUUUUACAGAAAAGCAAGUGUGAUUUGCCUCCUGACAUAUACACAAGCAUUUGAAUUUUUUCUUCUAUUUCAAGAAAACCUUAAGAUUUCCUGAAACCUUGUGCAUAAGAAGAGACACCUGAUUUUAUCCCUUUAAUUUAUUUAUGUGAUACAUGGAUUUUUCCAAAAUUCAUGCAUGAAACAGGCUCAGGACCCUCCUUUUGCUACCCCUCUUAAUGUUACAUUUACCGCAGAUAGAAGUUUCAAUUACAUUAUUGUACAAUGCUAAUAUCCUGCUCUUUUUUUUUAACCUUCUGCAGUGAAUGGUUAUACUGGACAAGAACAAACUCCAGAAGGUGUGUCUCAAAUCUUGAACAAUGUUUUACUUGAGGACAUGACAUCAUUCAAAUUUGGGAAGGGAUAAAAAUCAAUAACUCAAAACUUAAUAAUUAAUAAUAAUGAUUCACUAAUAUUAGCACCUUUUAACACUGAAAUGAUCAAAAGCACAAAAUUAAAAUGCAAUGUGUGUAUUUUACAGAAAAGCGAGUGUGAUUUGCCUCCUGAAAUAUACACAAGCCUUGAAUUUUUUUCUUCUAUUUCAGGAAAACCUUAAGAUUUCCUGAAACCUUGUGCAUGAGAAGAGACAUUACCUUCUCCUUUAUUCUAUUUACAAACAUGAUGCUAUCAACAUUGCUAAUCCUAGCAGUAUGUAGGAUGCACAUCAUAUGAACUUCAUAAUAGACCUCACUCACUGUAGAGUCUCUGUGGCUCAGUGGUAGAGCAUUGGAGUGCAAAAUCCAAAGGUCUGAGGUUUGAUUCCUCAGAGGGACUCACAGUUUUUCCUUUGUCCCACACUCAUGACAAGACAAAAAGUAACAUCUUUCUCUAUUUCUUUACUGAGCUCAAAACUUACCAUCUCUCUUAUUCUAUUUACAAACAAUAUGUUACAAUAUGCACCUGAAGAAAAAAAUUUUGAGGUCAGCUGAGACUGUAUUAUUUCCAGAUGUAAUUGAUUAUCACAAACAAAAGCAGCACAAAGUGGCUUCAAAUUAUCAGUCUUCCACACACAUGUAUGUGAUGAUUCAAUCUAGUGCCUUGGGCACUUACUCACAUAUGAUACCUCUAGGGAUGGCACUUAAUCAUUAGGUACAAGGGGCCCCUCUUUUGUCUUAUUUCUAUCAACAGCACAAUAUGCAAAACAAAGCUCUGAUAUAAAUUCAAAACUUAACAACCAUUAUUGUAAUAGUAAAAAAUGUAAAAGUAACAAAUAUCCUGUGAAUAUUUGCAUGAUAAUGGUUGGGAAUGUUUUGAAGCAGUACUACCACUGAAACAGAAUAGGUGUGCCAUUGGAAUGAAGAUGGUUAUACAACAGAAGCACCUAUUGACAAAAACAAGUUUUGGAGGGGGUGCUUAUUAGAGAGGUGGCACUUAUUGGAACAAGAUUACCAAAUCGAAUGAUGAUGUUGGGGUGUAGAGGGUUAAGUGUUUUGGAUGAGAUGCAUAUUACCAUAGACUACAUUUAAGCUUCCUGCUUUCCCAAACUUAAAUACCAAGGUCAACGUUAAUUCAGGUCCAUUUUUCUCCAGCCAAACAUCCUCCUGAAAUCACACGUCAACCACAAUCCUGCAUCUUACCUGAUGGUGUGGAAUUCAGGCUGGUCGUUGAGGUGAAGGAAGGACCAGUGAAAUACCAGUGGUUUAAAGAUGGCUUUAUACUUGUGGGGCAGACAAGAACAGAAUUACUUUUUCAGCCAUUUUAUUAUCGACAUGAAGGCAACUAUUGCUGUAGGGUGGAAAACAGUGCUGGUGAUGCCCUCAGUAACACAGCAUUGUUACAAGCAGGUAGGUCAUACUUACUCGAUCCCAUAUUUUCAUUGAUAUUUAGUCUCCAAAUAUGAUUUUCCUCAUGUCUGUUCUCAUAAGGUAUGGAAAAUUUCACCUUACACUGACUUAUGUGUCUUGUCUUGAUCAACAGUUGCCUAUCUCUUCAAUCUUUAAUGAGUACAAAAAAAAAAAUUGACAAGUAAUCAAUUGACUGGUUCAAAAUUUGGGAGUAAACAGUCUUUUUUUUUGUUGUAAGAUUUUCUUAAUGGAACCUCCAAAAGCUUUUAUCUUGUAUAAUACUAUUUUUAACAAGUGCAUAGAUUGAUAAGUUAAUGAUUUUGUUGAAUGAAUUAACUUUUUUUUACUUGUAUUUGUUUCUAAUAAAUCACAGGAAGGCCUGACGAUCUUCACCUAGCUCAAAGUGGUAUGAUUACAAGUGUAUUUUAUUUUAUGUUAUAAAGGUUUACUUCAUUAUUUUAACAAAAAAUCCAGUGGGGACCUCCCAGGAUAACUUACCCAGUACAGAGAAAACUGAUAAUACUUUUUACUACUCCCACCUAACAGCAAUACAUGUCCUGGAUAUGAUAUUACUCAACAGAAUUUGGCAUUGAUUAUAUCAAUAUUUUCUAAACACCCGUUUGUGAUAACUCUUUGUUUUAAUUUCUUUUGGAAGUUUAAGCUGCACUGUUGUUUGUAACAAGCCGCACUGUCAUUUGUGACUCAAGUGAUUAACCUAAUGGCCUACCAACAAUUCAGCAAAUAAAAACGGUGUCAUUUUAUUAACUAAGGGCAACACCCCUCACCUCUUGUCUAAGUUAGACCUGACAGGUACAUAAAUAUGCACAAAAGACAGAUUCUGAUUGGUUUAUAAUUAAUUAUUGCUUCUCGAACAACAGAGGAAGUUUUGGAACAAAACUACAUUUAAUAGGAGUGGUAAGGGAGGAAAGUGUCUCUCAUGUGAGAGAGCUGCACUGGCUGUAUAAGGUGGUUCAGGUGUUAAUGUCACUUAUACUACACACCACCCAGGUAGUUCACAUAAGAUUUAUGUGAAGAAGUACAUGUAGUAUUGUACUAUUAAGUUUCUUAUAUUUGAAUGUGUUUCAUAUGAUUAACUAAAAAUAUUUUUGGCUCUUUAUAAUGUCACAGUGAUUCCCAGAUCUACUGAGCUCACACAGAAAGGUGAGUAAACUAUUAACAUGUAGUUAGUAUGUAGUUGUACUAAUUUUUUUGAUGAUUGUAUCGAUGUGCUAUAAUUAUAUUGUAAUAGGCUAUAACCUUCCUUUUCUUCUCUUUGUAAGUGCUCAAAAGCAACAAUUUUUUUACUUUAAUAUCAUGACAAAUUUUCAGUAAAUAAACAGUAACAAGUACAAUUAUUUAGAAACUUAAUAGACUUUUUACAAAUGUAGUGACUAACCAGUACUGUGCAAUUUUCAUGCUAAAGCAGAAACAAAUAGAAGUUUUGUCAUAGAGCAUGUUGUUGAUAAUCAUGGUUCUAUAGAUAGAUGAUUGAUUAAUCAUUUAUCUCACAAUGUAAGAGUUGGGCUAAUCAAUUGCAUUGACUGGAUGUUUUGACUGCUACACCUUUAGCUUUCUUUCGCAGAGGAAGAAAGCAAGCCAGAGUCACCAUAUCACAAAUUGGUGGAGUUAUAGAUUGGGACACUACUUUCAGAAAAAUACUGGUGUAUUCACUGCAGUUGUUUUGCUUGAUUUCCUUCAGCUGCUGACAAAAUAGCCUUGGUCAUUGGAAACCGUGAUUAUGUGCGCUUACCUCUCAAUGAAAGCCCACUGGUUCAUACUUGCAAUGAUGCAAAGAUGCUUGCCUCAAUUUUACGCACUCGUGAAAUGGGUUUCAAGGUCAUCUCCCUCAUGAACCUGACACUAGAUGAGAUGAAUCAAGCACUCAAUAUUUUUUACAGUCUUCUUGGAAGCGGGGUGUAUGGAUUGGUUUAUUUUGCUGGUCAUGGGUUUGAAGAAGGAGGGCAAAACUACCUGGUCCCUGUUGAUUCAGUGGGGGAUUGGGUACCAGAGGAAGCUGUUUGUGCCCAAAGAAUUUUGGAUGAAAUGAACAGAUACCACACAGAGUUGAUAGUGUUUCUUUUGGACAUUUGCCGCAAGAGGUGAGUGGUUCACAGUGGUACUACAGCCUGCCGUUGCCAGUGCAAGAUACAUAUUUUUCAAUUACUUAGUACAGAGACUUCUAGAUGGGUGUAAUGCAUUUCCACCAUAUUUUUUCAUAUAUUAAAACACUUGAUUUGUCAAGAGUCACUGCUGUUGGGGGAUGGGUAGGAACUUAGGAGGACAAAAACUUCCUCUAUGGUAAGGAGCUCACCAUGGCAACUAAGCUACAGCACUUCUCCAGACACUUCUCAAGGCAACACUGAUAAUUAAAACCAUUGUGUGGAAUUAAUAACUUGUUAGCAAUGUCAAAAGUGUGGAAGGAAGAGAACAAAGCAAUUAAAAAAGAAAAGUAAUUGGAGGGAAAGCAUUUAUAAAUGCAUUUAAAAACAUCAUUUUCUAAAGCAGUCAUGAGGUUAGUUUUAAGAACAAUGGAGUGGCAUGAACAAGCCCAUCUUGAAGUAAUGAUAUUGUCUUGAAAAUAUGAUCAUUUUUUUUUCUUCAGGGCAAAUGCUGAGAAAAAUUUUGUAAUGAAGAGUUAUGAAUUUCCAUACAAUGCCCAAGCAGUAAUGGGGUUUGCUACGUAAGUAAAACCAAUCUACUGUAGAAUACAGAAAUCUCUUGACUGACAUAACUAAUUAUAUGUUACGGUAUUUGCCUGAUGUGAGGUGGUAAAUAUAUGGUGAAACUGUGCCUGAGGUCUUUAUAGGGCUUGGGCCAAAGACAAGCCAGCCUUAGCAGAAAAUAUUGUAAUUACGUUUUAUUAAUCCAGGCCAUCAGUUUCCAUCCAUAUUGAGGCAUUUUUUCAAUUAAUUGUUGUAAAACCAAAACCGAAGUAAUAACAACAACCAAUCAGAGGAAAAUACCCAUAAGAGCCAUGCAAUAAGAACUCGACAUAAAAUCAACCAAACUACCUUAAGGGGUGAGGGACCAAUCACAGAGCAAAGUAAAGGAAAACCAAUGCAAUCUUGAAAUACUUUCAACACUCAAUUGAAAAUUGCUCUAUUUUGUUCUCUGUAACUUUCAUUAUUUAUAUGACCUUAACCUAUCUUAGACAUGAAUACCCAGGUGCUUGUACUGUUAUAUAAAUGGUGUCCCUUACUGAUCAACAGAUGUCCUCAAUCUGAGGCUUAUGAGAGAAGGCAAGACCCCAAUGGCAUGUACAUGAAACACCUGCUAAAGUAUGUCAUGAAUGACGCCAAAGUUGAGGAUGUCUUGCAUCAAGUGGCAGGAGGUAUGAGCUGAAAACUGCAUAAGAUGGUUUGUAAUCAAGAAUGAUAAAAAAUGUGUUCAGUGACAUUGGAUAUCUGAAGUCAGUAGAAACCAAUAAAUGACAGGCACGGCUUCUAAACUUUGACAGAUACUUUGUUAGGUUCCUCAGCUACUUCAGUGCUGAAUUCAAAAUGUGGCCAAGAAGACAAAUGGAACAUACAGCAACUGUACAACUUGAUUUCUCUCUAAAUUUGACUGAAAUUUUUCAGAUGUCAGUGCAGAGGUAGAGACAAAUGAGUUGGUUGAGAGACAGCGUCCACAGUUUCACUCUACCACCACCAGACAAUACAGCUUGCGUGACCCAAUUCAAAGAGACAAAUUAUACUCUGAAAGAGAAAAGUCCUGGCUUGAAAUACACCGUAAGUUUAAUCAUUGAUGAAAGUGAAAUGUUAGCAGGCCAGAGCACUCCUGACCUGGAGGAGCUGUUGCAUAGCUGUUGAAGAUUUACUUAAGUUUAAAUACUUUUUUGUCAGAUUUACAAACAUAUGAUUUGUGUUCUAGGUACAUCUCUAUAGUCCUGAAACAAACAACACCAAAUAAACUACCAUAAACACCAGCGUGUAAACUAUUCCUUUUUCCAUUCCUUUUUUAUGAAAAUUCAUAAGUCUUUCCUUGUAAACUAACUAGAAUUUCUCAAAAAGAAACAAAGAUAAAAAUUUUUCAUUAAUUUUGCAAGCCUGGUGGUUCCUAAAAGCUGCAAGCUUUGUUUAUAAGUAUAAGCUUAUAUUUCUUGCUGUUGAGUGGUGUUAAACUCAGUCUUCAUUAAGAGCUUAGACCUUUAACCAGUUUAAGGUUGCCUUGGCUUCUUUAAGCAGCUAAUUUAAAACAAACUAUCAUUUUACACUGCAGUCAUUUUAAACUAUAACAAAUGUGUUUGGAUAAUGACCAAUUUUGGCUGGAAAUGAAAGGCAAUAUGAAACUAAAGUUUUCGUAAUUUGUAAAUCUUGUUCAGUUCUGUGCGAUUGCCAUAAAUGGUUUGACACCCUGUAGGUAGAGUGUGUUUAGUCAUCGUAAUGUUGGUGCCUUUAUUGUGUCAUGCAGUAUAUUAAGACCUAUAUUCUCUCUUUGAAAUUUGUACAGAUCUCCCUCAGAAGCGAGAGAUAGAAUGUGAAGCUGGGAUUAAGAUAGAAAUUCGCUUUGAACACCAGAACUGGCUGUCAAAUGCAAUUGUUUUGUGCCUAAGAGUUAUUGACCUAGGAGAGGCAAAAUUCUGUGAUGUGGGCUUGAUGUUGGAAUGUCUUCCACAGGUAAAGUGGUACAUUUCAAUUUUCUCUCUGUUGUCAGUGUACACAAUUAUUGCUCAAAUGUAUUGAGAGUGAAAUGAUUUUUAAAUUAUCAUUUUGAUUUUACUGAAGCUUAGGGACAACUGAGAUUCUCUUAAUUCUGUCACAUUCAUAGCAUGGAAGCAUAAAAUUUUGCCCCCUUCUAUAUAUAACAAACCAGUUACUCAAAAUCCUUUUGACAAUCCUGUUUGAGACAAACAUUUUUUUUAUCAACUCCUACAUGAGUCCAUUCUGCCCUAUAAUUUUUAGGCAUUUCAGGUACAUGUUGUUAGUAUCUUUCAGCAAUGCCAUCCUUACUGUGAAUAUUGAACUCCAAUCGAAUGUUCUGUAUUUUAACCAUUAAUAAUUAACAUUGUCAGACAAAAUUUUAUUUUCACUUUGCAUAACUUUGCUCCUCUAAUUUUUGGCAACAGUUUUCAUAUGCAUGAUCGACUCCAUUACAUUAUUUUGUGAUAUAAUGCAUAAAUGAAUUGAAAGGGUUUGUACCCUUUCCAGGACUCCAAAUUUCUCCAUAAUUUCAUCAUUUAAUUUCAUCCAUCAUCCAAAUUUCACCUUUCAUUCUCAAGAUUUCAAUAUCAAGUCUCCUCAUGGUCUACAUACAUUUCUUAUAAAGUGAAUUCUGAAAACUUUAUUGCUUAAGUUAAGCAUAUUUCCAGGACUUGUGGUCUUUUGCCAGGAUCUUCCAGUACUGGAAAAUGUCAUAAUAAAAUUCCAGGACUUUCCAAGACCUGUACGAACCCUGAUUGACCCUCACUAAUCAAUUGAAGUUAAAAAAAAUUCACAGAAUGAAAGCUUUUAAUUAAAUUAGGGCUUCAAUUUUGUUUAGAAACAUGCCCCUUAGAUACCACUAGGGAACUACUCCAAAUUAGGUGAAAAUUAGAACCCUAUGUUGUGAUUAGAGCAAUAAUCAAUUUUGUAAUACCAUAAUGACAUCCUGGUUUCCAUAUUAAUUUAAUUCACAAAUUAUUUGUGAACAAUGAUUUUCAGGAUUGCCAGAGUCUUUACUUCCAUCCAACUUCAACCAACAGAAUGAGGCAGGUUGUUCAGGUAGGGGAUCAGGAUAAAUUCAAGUGGCCUUAAUCAACAUACUGGUGGAUAUAUAGGUCAACAUAGUUGAUUAAUAUGUUAGUCAGCAGUUGUUUGAUAGUUGACCAGCAUUCAACUGAUGGUUGGCCGAUGGUCAUGAUCAGCUGCCAGUUGACCAAUAGUCAGCAGAUGUCCCUGCCAAGACAUUUAUCUGCUGACUAUCAUCUUAUUAAGAAAUCAGCAGACUUCUGUAUUGUGUGGGAUGACCUAAGGCCAACCAUCAUUCAACUAUUUGCAGACCAUCAUCCAACUAGUGAUGCUCUAUUGGCUGAUUAUCAGCUGAUGUUAUAGAUUAACUAUUGUCCCACCAUUUGAGUGGCUUGUGAAACACUUGCUGACUAACCUUACCUAAAAUAUGUCUGACAUGUAGUCCUUGAGGUUCUCUUAUUUUUAAUAAUGGUUAUGAACCAAUUAAAUUUGAGAUAUACUUUAAACCCUUUUAACCCUGUAACACUAAGGUGUCAAGAAAAGCAGGUUACAUACCCUCACAGCCUUCUCUGACAGACACUUCACAGCCCUCUCUUACAGACCCCUCACAGGCCUCUCUUAAAGACCCCUUACAGUCCUCUCUUACAGACCCUCACAGCCUUCUCUGAAAGACCCCCCACAGCCAUCUCUUGCAAACCCUCACAACCCUCUCAUGCAGACCCCUCACAGCCUUCUCUGGCAGACCCCCCACAACCAUCUCUUACAGACCCCUCACAGCCCUCUCUUGCAGACCCCUCACAGUCGUCGCUUGCAGACCCCUUACAGCUGUCUCUUGCUGACCCCUUACAGCUGUCUCUUGUUGACCUCUUACAACCCUCUGUUGCAGACCUCUCACAGCCAUCUCUUACAGACCCCUCACAGCCUUCUCUUACAGACACCUUACAGCCAUCUCUUGCAGAUCCCUUACAGCCCUCUCUUGCACACCCCUCACAGCCCUCUCUUGCAGACCUCUUACAGCCCUCUCUUUCAAACCCCUCACAGCCUUCCCUUACAAAUCCCUCACAGCUGUCUCUUACAUACCCCCUCUUACAGCCAUCUCUUGCAGACUCUCUUACAGUCCUCUCUUGCAGACCUCUUAUAGCCCUCUCUUGCAGACCCUUUGCAGCCCUUUCUUUCAGACCCCUCACAGCCAUCUCUUACAAACCCAUCACAGCCAUCUCUUACAGACCCCUUAAAGCCGUUCUUGCAGAUCCCUCACAACUGUCUCUUACAGACCCUCACAGCCUUCUCUGACAGACCCCUCACAGCCCUCUCUUGCAGACCCCUCACAGCCCUCUCUUGCAGACCCCUUACAGCCCUCUCUUGCAGACCCCUCACAGCCCUCUUUUGCAGCCCCCCAACAGCCCUCUCUUUAGCCAUGUUUGGGUUUUGCCUGACAGCCCCUUUUCUGAGCACAGCUGCCUCUUACACCAUUGGCAGUAGUUCAAUGCAUAAAAAGUUAAUAAAACCCCUGUUUUACACCUAUAAUCUGAGUUCUAGAGCAAACUAUUUACAGGAAGUCUCACUCUUUCUAAACAGCCUCCUGACACAGUUGCUCGCAGCCUGCCUCAACAGCGCAAUGGACCCUCUUCAAGUCUUGCUGUGGAAAAGAUUAGUGAGAUCUACAACAUUCAGAGACUCAAGGUGAAUUACAGUCAUUGUGUUAUAUGUUUUACAAUCUUCUUGUACAUUUAAAACUUGCUGUUUGAUCAAAUAUGAUUGUACUUAUUGGUCUCUUUUCUUCCCUAGUGCAAAAUCUGGAAACUCUUACCCCAUAUCCUAGGUCUUAGGUCAGAUUCAUUGUAGGUGUUCAACACUUGAGAGAUAUGACUUAGAACUCAACCUGGGAACAAGGGGAAAGGAGUCAAGUCUGAAAAAACUAGUCCAGAUUGAGUUCUAUGGAUGAGUGUGAACUAAUUAUUUUGGUUGACUUAGGAAUAUUUCACCAAAUACCACAGUCCUGAAUUCUGUUUUCUAGAGUGUAUACUACAAAUUGAUUUGAUGCUGUAUUAUUUUUAAUGGUGUGUUUGCCAUUAAAUUCUGUUUGGUUUCAAAACUGAUUCUUUUCUUACUAACAGGAACCACUUGCUUUGACAUUGAUUAUUAAGUACAUCCUGAAGGGAUCUGGUGAAGAACGAACAAAGCACAGGGUUGAGGUGUUCAAUUUCAAAGAAUUUGGAAUUGCUGCAGCAUUUUACAAGGCUAAUUAUCAAAAGGAGUGAAGUGUCAGUUGUUAAAUAAUCCUGCUUCUUACUGAAUUUUUACAGUGUGGACACUGCUUUUAAGUGUAGAUAAUAUCAAAUAUUAUAUGUAUAUAUGAAGGUAUUUGAGCAAUACUAAAUACUAGUCUGAUCAAAUUUCUUGGAACUACUUAGAUAAUGAAUUAUUUCCACACUUCCCUGUCUUAAACAUUGUCCCUGAUUAAACACCGAUAAUGGGAGAAAAAUUUAAACAAUGGCUGGACAGCAUAUUAUGUUAGAGUAUUCUUGAGAAAAAAAUUAAAAAAAAACAAUUUACAAUUUGGCAUUUAACACCAUACACUGUACUUAGAAAUUUUCAUCCAAAUAUCAAUGCAUUCAAACUUUACACAUUUCAUUUCAUAUUUCAUAAAAUCUCCCAUAUCUAGAAAUUUUUAUCAAAAGAGCAAUGCAUUUGAACUUUACACAUUUCACAAUUAAGGGAUAGGUGAUAUCAGUGAUUUACUCUACAUGAUUUGGAAUAGCCCUUGAGAAAACCAGGUAUUAAAAUGCUAAACAUUCAAGUAAGUAAAAACAGUAUGAUGAAGAAUUCUAUGAUUGAUUUAAAGUAGCGUUUUCUCUCCUGGAAUAUAUGCAAUUGUGGGGAUAUUUAAGAGGAAAUUCUGUAAAAUUUGAAAAUCAGACAACUUUUGAUGUUACUUACUUUACCAAAUUAUACAGUCAUAAACUCUACUGAAUGUAUGAAAAGACCUUCUCUAGAAUCUUACUUACAUUUUUUUAAGUUAUCACUUUUUUGCAACAAGGUAGCAAGGGAGUACAUAUACAUUACUCUCCUUGUUUGGGUAUGCCUUUGGAAGGACUGGGUACAAAUUUAUUGACUGAUCCAGUUUUAUUGAAAUAUAAGAGUUGCAUCUGAGCUGGAUUCAAGUGACCAGCAAGUUAACCUUAAAGAAAGUUACAUACCAGAUGCAGAAAAUAGAAGGAAAAUUAUACACUAUGAUUUUCUUGUAUGAAGUGACAUACGAAAUGAUUAAUCUAGAUCUGCUACUAAAAAUAAUAAAUAAAUGCUAAAUAUGAGCACAAUCAACACAAAAUGCCUUGUAACAUAGCACAGAUUCUAUAUAUACCAGAACACAUUGACAGCGUACAUUGUCAUGGAAGUCCUUGGAGGCAGAGUUAUUUGACCAGGGUCCAAAUUCGACUCUGUCAUUGAUGUGACUCAGGAAUGGCAUCAUUUAGUUAGAAUACUUCAUGGAAGGAUGACAGCUGAAAAACAAAGCCGUAUUGUGGCAGGAGAGUAAUUUGAUUUUAAUAAACUAAAGGUACCUGCCUAAAAGGAAAGAGAUCUAUACUUGUGUAGAGACUUAAUUCACAACAGAAUGGCAACCAGCUAGUCCAUAAUAAAUGAAGUCCAACCUUUUUAGGUUGAAGCAUUUCUAUAAACAAUGCUUCUUUUUACUGACUUUAUUACAAUUAUAGAGUAAUCAUAGAAGUACACAUUUAGUCAGUAGGAUUCAAUAUUUGGUAUUUUGUAAGUUGUUACAGGUUGAUACAAAGUAAGCAUAUUAUGGCCAUAGUUCAUUACCAGUUUGUGUUGGUAGUGUGUUGUAAUAAAAAUGCUGUAAUUUUGCAACAUUGAAUGUUAACUUUUGCCAAGCAUCUUUCCAUCUGGGUUUGUAUGUGUGUAUGUCGGGUGGGGGUCAGUACUCUAAGUUGCUUAUGCCAGAGAGACUGGGGUAAGUUCCAGUGCCUUCUGGGCCACUUUAUUUGAGUGCAGACUUUACAUUUUUACUUUACUAUACCUGAAGUUCAAUUAGUGGCUGUUACAUUGCUUUUCAUUAUUUGACCCCUCUUGUUAGAAGCAAUAUAUUCAAAAUUCAUCAUGGAAUGGGUUCCUAAAAUAUAUUUUAUCUUACUACAAAUAUCCUAGCAUGAAUGUCCCUAUUCCAUAAAUUGCUUUUUGUCAUAUACUCUUGAAUUUUCCCUUCUUGGAUUCAGAGUGUCUUUACACACAAAAUAUAAUUCAAUUCAACUGUUGCCAAGAAUUUCCUUGGAAUAAAUUAUUUUAGGAUGAAAGAUUUCAUGGACUUUAUGCUAGUUCUGAUUACAAAAUUAAUGUAGAUUAGUGUAGUUCAAGAACCAUUUUUGUAAACAGAGGUUGAAUGUGGGAAAGUGGGUUGGAGUCUAUCAUCCUGCUGAGUAAAAAAAUUGGACAUUUUAAAACCAGAUACUGUUGUAAUAAUCAUUGAUUUUUAUUUAAAAAUUCAAUUAACAAAUAUCAAAUACUGUAUGGCUUUCAUUGUUUAU